UUUUUGUAACAAAGUUUGUUAUUGUUGUUGAAUGAGUGCGUUGUACUUUUCAAACAUAUCGUUGCUGCAAAUUUUAACUGCUUUUGUAUUAUUAUAUUAGAAAUUUCAACCAAAUGAUUGUAAACAAUUUUAAAUCUUGUUGUAAUAUUAAUUUUACAAAUGUUGUCCAAAUCUUGUCUGGAUCUUUGGAAAGAAGAGAGUCAACAACUGGGUAUUGUUACUUUUUGCAAAGAUUUGGAUCUGGCCCUUGGUGGCAGCGGAGUACCCAUUGGGCAAAUCACCGAGUUCUGUGGACCUCCCGGUAGCGGAAAGACACAACUUUGCAUUCAACUGUCGGUAAGCACUCAAAUACCACCAGAAUUAGGGGGUCUAGGAGGCAAAACGAUGUACUUCGAUACAAAUUUCGGAUUCACUCCCCAGAGGCUGGAAGAAAUGGCAACUGGAUGCGUUCAACAUUGUCGGAAGCUAGUAGAUUUGCAUAGGAAGGGUUUGGCUUACGCCGUCAAGGAUUUCACAGUUGACCGAUUGCUAGAAGGUGUAUAUUAUAAACAUGUUCAACAAUGCCCAGAACUGUUGAAUGGAAUUGACUCUUUGGAACUAUUGUUAAAAUCGAAAGAGAAAGUGAAACUUAUCGUACUAGAUUCAAUAUCGUACCUUAUCAGAAACAAUAUAGAAAACACAAUGGAAAGGAUCAGGAUAGGGUACACAAUUUUAACCAAACUGCAUGCAUUAUCUAAUCAGUAUAAAUGUGCUGUGAUAAUAACAAAUGAUGUGACGACUAGGUUCAAUCCAAAUGACCCUAAUAGUAGUAUGGUAGUACCAGCGCUUGGGGAAAGCCACAGUCAUAGAAUCAAUCAAAGAGUUAUUCUUGGUCCUUCCAGCAACGAUGAACCGGGAACUAUUGUAGCUUCCAUUGGUAAAAGUUUGCUUCGACCUUCAGCAACCGUUAAGUUUCAAGUUACCGAGGCUGGAAUUAGGAGGUUUCGAAAGAAGUAAUGCCCUUAUGUUACAAAUAACCGUUGAAUUGUGAUUUUAUUCGAUGAACAACAAAUACUUUGCUUAUUUAUUUUAUGAAAUAAAUUUCGAUUUUAACAAGAA